GUGAUUCAUGCCGAGACGUCUGAAAAAAGGGAAACCUUCCCCAAAAGUGGGUGAAGGUUCAUGGACAAUUAUAGCACCUGGACUUUGCCCGGCAGCCCCGGCCCCUCCUGCCCUGCUUGGCAGAGGAGCACAAAAACAUUUGGCUAAUGAGUUACGGGUCCAGCCCCGGGGCGGCCCUGCCAUCACACCCCGACGGCCCCAAUCAGGGCUGGGACGUUUUGCAACCCAGGACWUUAUUUCUGUGCAUUGGAGUUUAAACUUUGCCACUCUGGUCAGGGAAUCACAGACGAGGAGGAAGAGGAGGAGGGUGAAGGCCGGGCUUGUUGUCCACCCCGCUCCCCUCAGAGAAGGCGCUCAGAGAGGGUUGAGAGGACAAUCCAUGGCAUCUCACACAGCCAUGGCCUCCAGCACGGACAGCCUCGACAGCCUGGACCUGCUGGAUCUCCUGUUCGACCGCCAGGACGGGAUCCUGCGUGGGGUGGAUUUGGGAACACCCCCGGGAGCCUGGCCCCAGGACAGGCGUGCCCAGGACAGCGAGGACUUCCUGACCUCCAUCCUGGGCUCCGGGGACUCCGUGUCGGACUCGCCCAGUUGGUCCCCGGCCACCAGUGACAGCGGGGUGUCCGAGGACCCCCCCUCUGACCAGCAUGACAGCCCCCCCCGGAGCUGUGAUGGGGGUCCCCAAGAGCUCCUGUACCCCUACAGCAACCCCUGCCGGGCUCAGCCUCCCCCAGCSGGGUCUGGGGUCCCRCACCCUGAGGUCUCCAUCGACCUGGACAUGUGGCACCCUGGGUUCUUCCUGGAGGAGAGCCAGGACCUGCCCGUGGUCCCCCCGCCCGCCUCCUGUGCCCUCACCGUCAAGGACCUGCUGCUCUCGGGCAGCUCUGACAAUCCCCUCAGGGCCCUGGCACCGGCCCUGAGCCUCCUUUGGUGGUGCUCAGUUUUCUCCAGGUCCCUGCACAACGCCGCUGCCUCACGYGUGGUUCACACCCAGCCCCAGCCCCAGGUCGGGGACGAGAAACCCCCGGAGCCGCUGUGGUCGGAGCCCCUGGAGGAGACCCCCGAGACCCUGCAUGAGGCUUUCAAUGGCACGUUCCCGACACAGCCAGACAAAGUGUCCCUCCAGAAUGACACRCGGGCACUGGGCUCUGAAGGGCUGAGCCGUGAGGACGGGCACCGGAGCGAGGCUGUGCCAGGGGAUGGCACCGUGUCACACCCRGGGCUGGCAUCCCUGGCGUGGUCAGAGGCCGGGCACGGCCGGCCCGCGGUGCUGGAGCAGGUGGAGGAGCUUUAGGCAGUACCAGGGACCACGGGGGUGCAAUGGGGUGACAGCACCUCAUCCCCUACAGGACAAGCCCUCAGGGGGACCCCUCCAGGAUCUGCCUCCAGAUGCUGGACCCACUUGGCUUUGCUUGGAUCUGUGAACUGGGAAGAGGAGACCAGUUCCCACUGGCCUUACUGGGAGGGAAGGGRCUGCUCCUGCCCCCCUGGCACAGCKGGAGUUGUGGAAGGGACAUGGGGUCACUCAGGAUGGGCUGAGGAAGCAGGAGGGGCCCUGGGCUGGUUGGCUGCUGAUGGUGCAACUGGUUGGUUUUGUUCUUGGUUUUGUUUUGGUUCUUGGUUUUUUAAUUUUAUUUUCAUCUCUAAAUAUAAGAUAUUUUGGA